UUCCACAGCUGUACUUCGCGCUAUACCGGAGAAUUCUGUGAAUUCCCAAAUCCGUGUCAUAACGGCGCCGGUCCUCGGUGCCAGAAUGGGGGCACCUGCGAGGUUAUGUCCGGUAAUGGUGCUCCCUCGUUCUCGUGUCGUUGCCCGAUCGGUUACACUGCGAGUUUGUGCGAGAUUCCGGAGAAAAACGCGUGUGAUUCGUCUCCCUGCAAAAAUGGCGGUACUUGCAAGCUGAAAACGCUGGACGAGUACAACUGCCUGUGUGCAACGGGUUAUUCGGGCAAAUUCUGCGACAAGCAGAAUCUCUGCGCCUCGUCACCAUGUCGCAAUGGAGGCACUUGCACCCUGUCACAAAACGGAAACUUCAAGUGUAUCUGUCCGAAAGGGUUCAAGGGUACCACUUGUUCCGAGGACAUCGAGGAGUGCAUCAAGAGCCCCUGCGUGAAUGGUGGCAAGUGCGUUAACACCCAUGGAUCCUACCAAUGCAUGUGUGAACCCGGAUUUACAGGAAAAAAUUGCGAGUCGCAUUACAUACCCUGCUCGCCAUCCCCUUGCCAAAAUGGUGGCACUUGUAAACAGUCGACGAAGUUCUCCUACGAAUGCAAAUGUCCACCAGGUUUUCAAGGCAAAAAUUGCGAGGAGAACAUCGACGACUGCCCGGGUAACAUGUGUCAAAACGGUGGCACCUGUGUGGACGGGGUCAACGCCUAUCACUGUAAGUGUCCGCCGAGCUUUACCGGCGAGUAUUGCGAAACGGACGUGGAUGAGUGCGUUCAGCAACCGACGAUCUGCAAAAAUGGCGCCACCUGUACGAACACCCACGGUAAUUACAAUUGCAUUUGCGUCAACGGCUGGAAUGGUCCCGAUUGUAGUAACAAUAUUGACGAUUGUGUUGAUGCGGCCUGCUUCAACGGGGCCACCUGUAUCGACGGAGUGGGAAGCUUCUACUGCCGCUGUACACCCGGCAAGACUGGUUUACUGUGCCAUUUGGAUGAUGCAUGUACCUCGAAUCCUUGCCACGCGGAUGCGAUCUGUGACACUAGUCCGAUCAAUGGGUCGUUUACCUGUUCGUGUGCGAUGGGUUACAAGGGCAUCGAUUGUUCGGAAGAUAUCGACGAGUGUGAUCAAGGUUCCCCCUGCGAACACAACGGUAUCUGUGUCAACACACCGGGAUCGUUCGCUUGCAACUGUACCCAAGGGUUCACCGGACCUCGCUGUGAGACUAAUGUGAACGAGUGUGAAUCUCAUCCGUGCCAGAACGAGGGUAGCUGCCUGGAUGAUCCGGGAACAUUUCGCUGCGUCUGCAUGCCUGGUUUCACCGGAACGCAAUGCGAGAUCAACAUCGACGAGUGCGCGACAACACCCUGCCUGAACGGAGGCAUCUGCCGGGAUCUGAUCAACUCGUUCAAGUGUACCUGUGCGAUCGGUUUCACCGGGCUGCGCUGUCAGAUCAACAUCGACGAUUGUAUGUCACAACCGUGCCGAAACGGAGGAAUCUGUCACGAUCUGAUUGCCGGUUAUACGUGCGAAUGUCCGCCCGGUUAUACGGGGAUAUCGUGCGAGACAAACAUCAACGAUUGUCAGUCGAAUCCGUGCCACCGGGGAGUUUGUAUGGAUGGCGAUAACUCGUUCUCGUGCCAAUGCAAUCCCGGUUACACCGGGUAUUUGUGUCAGAUUCAGAUCAACGAGUGCGAAUCCAAUCCGUGUCAGUUUGGUGGACACUGUGAGGAUCUGGUUGGAGGCUAUAUCUGUCGGUGUCAGCCGGGAACUUCUGGACCAAAUUGCGAGGUAAAUGUGAACGAAUGCCACAGCAACCCGUGCCGGCAUGAGGCCAAGUGUAUAGAUGGGAUCAAUCGGUACACAUGCCAGUGUGUACCUGGUUUCACCGGUACUCACUGCGAAACCAACAUCAACGAGUGUGCUUCGGACCCUUGCGCAAACGGGGGCGUUUGUAUGGAUUUGAUCAACGGAUUUCGUUGCGAGUGUCCUCGGGGUUACUUCGAUGCGAGAUGCCUGAGUGACGUAGAUGAGUGUGCGUCAAAUCCCUGCACCAAUGGUGGCCGAUGUGAAGAUGGAGUGAAUCAGUUUAUCUGUCACUGUCCUCCUGGGUAUGGGGGAAGGCGUUGCGAAACUGACAUCGACGAAUGUGGCUCUAACCCGUGUCAGCAUGGUGGCAUUUGCCGUGAUGGUUUGAACUCGUACACCUGCCAGUGUAUGCCUGGUUAUUCUGGGAAGAACUGUGAGAUCAACAUCGAUGAUUGCGUUAAUAAUCCAUGCCGCAAUGGAGGCUCUUGCAUAGAUCUAGUCAAUGGGUACAAGUGCGUCUGUCGGGUGCCUUUCACGGGACGUGAUUGUGAGUCGAAAAUGGAUCCUUGCCUUCCGAAUCGUUGCCGAAAUGGUGCCAAGUGCUCACCAAGUCCGAAUUAUUUGGACUUUUCGUGCAGCUGCAUGCUCGGAUAUACGGGACGGUUAUGCGACGAAGAUAUCAACGAAUGUGCUCUUUCGUCUCCCUGUCGGAAUGGGGCAACCUGUAGGAACACGAACGGAUCUUAUCAAUGUCUUUGUGCUAGAGGUUACGAAGGCCGUGAUUGUACGGUGAAUACGGAUGAUUGUGCCUCGUUCCCUUGCCAGAAUGGGGGAACUUGUUUGGACGGAAUUGGAGACUACACCUGUCUGUGCGUGGAUGGAUUCGAGGGUAAGCAUUGCGAAGUCGACAUUAACGAGUGUCUCUCGAUACCGUGUCAGAAUGGAGCGACCUGCACGCAGUACGUCAACUCGUACACCUGUACCUGUCCGCUGGGAUUCAGCGGUAUGAACUGCCAAACCAAUGACGAGGAUUGUACGGAAAGUUCGUGUAUGAAUGGAGGAACCUGCAUGGAUGGGAUCAAUAGUUAUAACUGCUCUUGCCACAGCGGGUUUACCGGUUCCAACUGCCAGUAUAAGAUCAACAAGUGUGAUUCACAGCCUUGUCGAAAUGGUGCAACAUGCUAUGAUUACGAUAACGACUACACCUGUCACUGUUCGUACGGAUACACCGGCAAGCAGUGCUUGGAUUAUGUAGAUUGGUGCUCUCAGUCACCUUGCGAGAACGGUGCAACCUGUGUUCAGCGAGAAAAUGUAUAUCAGUGUAUUUGCGCUCCCGGCUGGACCGGAAAACUGUGCGAUGUCCAGAUGGUCUCUUGUAAGGAUGCUUCUAUUCGGAAGAAAGUCGAACCCAAACUGCUCUGUCACAACGGAACAUGCGAAGACUUUGGUAACUCUCACAGGUGCCACUGCCAGCAGGGUUACACCGGAUCAUACUGCCAGAAGGAGAUUAAUGAAUGUGAAAGUCAACCCUGUCGAAAUGGUGGCCAUUGUAAGGAUCUGAUCGGGUCGUAUAAAUGCGUUUGCAAGCAGGGUUUCCAGGGUCAGAACUGUGAACUGAACAUCGACGAGUGUAAACCUAAUCCGUGCCGGAAUGGAGGCAUCUGUCAUGAUUUGAUAAACGAUUACAAGUGUUCGUGUCCACCGGGAACGUUGGGGGUGCUGUGCGAAAUAAACACGGAUGACUGUACUCCGGGUGCUUGUCACAAUAAUGGAAGCUGCAUUGAUAAGGUUGGUGGAUUUGAGUGUCGCUGUCCGCCCGGGUUCGUCGGAUCACGGUGCGAAGGAGACAUCAACGAAUGUCUAUCGAAUCCAUGUUCGAAUCCAGGAACGCUGGACUGCGUUCAAUUGGUGAAUGACUAUCACUGCAACUGUAAACCGGGACACAUGGGACGCCACUGUGAGAUUAAGGUCGAUUUCUGCGCUAACUCACCCUGUCUGAACGGUGGUCUAUGUUCGACUAGACAAACGGGACAUCACUGCGUUUGUGCCGAUGGAUAUUAUGGUAAAAACUGCGAAUUUUCUGGACACGAUUGUGAUUCAAAUCCAUGCAUCAACGGGUUAUGUCAGAUUGCGGAUGAUGGCGGUUACCGAUGCGAGUGUCCUCUGGGAGCCAGUGGGAUCAACUGUGAGAUUGAUAUUUUGGACGAAUGUAGCUCGAGUCCGUGCGAGCGCGGUGCUGCCUGUCAGAACAAACUGGGUGAUUUCGAGUGCUUCUGCCCUCCGAAGUGGGCGGGUAAGACCUGUAAUAUCUAUGACCCCUCGUACAAGGGAUGGUUCGAGAGUGCCAGCAAGAAGAAGGGUAUUUUGAAUACGUACGCGAUCGAUUUAGAGUAUCAGCGGGCGCAGUGCGUUAAGAAGGGUUGUCGCGAGAAGCAGGGUAACCAUCGGUGCGACGAGGAAUGCAAUACCUACGCUUGUGACUUUGACGGUAACGACUGUUCGCUGGGAAUCAAUCCGUGGUUGAAUUGUACCGCGAGUAUCAACUGUUGGGAGGUGUUUAUGGAUGGCUUCUGUAAUGAGGAGUGCAACAACGCGAUGUGUUUGUUCGAUGGGCGAGAUUGCGAGAAGAAACUGCAGCCUUGUAAUCCCGUGUACGAUGCCUACUGUCAGAAGCACUACGCCAACGGAUUUUGCGAUUAUGGCUGUAACAAUGCCGAGUGUAACUGGGAUGGUCUCGACUGUGAAAAUGAAAAAGAACCCGCACUGCUGGCAGAGGGUGCAAUUUCUAUAAUUCUGCUGAUGGAACUUGAAACUUUCAAGAAAAAUUCCGUUCAAUUCCUACGUGACCUUGGCCAUCAACUACGGACUACGGUUCGAAUAAAGAAGAACAGCGCUGGAGUUGAAAUGAUUUAUCCCUGGAAGGGAGGCACUGCCCUGCAAGGUCUAGCUGAGAGUGAAUUCGGCCGUAAGCAUCACGUUGUCUACACGGAAGCUCGACAAACCGGUAUACAGGUAUUUCUGGAGCUGGACAACCGUAAGUGUAUUGGGAUGACCGGUGCAGAGUGUUUCGGAACUGCAAAUGAGGCAGCCGAGUUCUUGGCUGCAACCGCCUCAAAGCACUCGCUUUCCAAACAGUUCCCGAUCUACCAGGUCAAAGGAGUUAACCCAGAUGAUGAUAGUAUCCCGGAAUCAACGAACACCAACUACGUUCUGUUGGGAUUCUUCAUUGGACUGCUGGUGUUUGCAAUGUGCGGAGUUUUGGUCGCAAAUCGUAAACGUGCACAUGGCGUCACUUGGUUCCCGGAAGGAUUCCUCACCGCCAGUACCAAUGUUCGCCGACCGUCCCGUAGACGACCCGAUGGCCAGGAAAUGCGAAAUUUGAACAAAAAUCCUUCGAUGGUAGACAUGUCCAAUGGACACAUGGGACAUUCGCAACAGUGGUGUAACAGCGAUGAUGAAUCGGAAAUGCCACAGCCCAAACGGAUGCGUGCUAUCGAUCAGGGUUAUUCAAGCGAUCAUACCGCGAUUACGGACUAUGAAGAAACUGAACCCAGAGUCUGGUCUCAGCUGCACUUUGAGGCAGCCGACAUUCGCGAUCAUCCAACGAUGAUGACUCCACCGACUCAUCAUGAUGGAGGGCAUACUGACGUGGAUGUACGGGGACCAUGUGGCAUGACCCCGUUAAUGGUAGCCGCAGUUCACCGAGGUGGACCCGACUCUGGCCUACACCGAGGAGAUCCUGACAUCGGCAUGCAUCGAGGAGAUCUCGACGUCGCUAUUCACAGAGGUCCAGACUCUGGAGAAGACAUUGAUUCCACUGACGACACCACAGCCCAAUUCAUCUCGAAACUAGUUGCACAGGGUGCUGAACUAAACGCUACUAUGGACAAAACUGGAGAAACAUCGCUACAUCUGGCAGCCCGACAUGCCCGAGCGGAUGCUGCCAAGCGACUUCUGGAUGCCGGAGCGGACGCCAACAGUCAAGAUUAUACCGGACGAACGCCUCUACAUGCCGCCGUCGCAGCAGAUGCCGUUGGAGUGUUCCAAAUUCUACUGAGGAACCGAGCAACUAAUCUGAACGCACGCAUGCACGACGGCACAACCCCGCUCAUCCUAGCAGCCCGUCUUGCUACCGAAGGUAUGGUUGAAGAACUGAUCACUGCCGAUGCGGACAUCAACGCUGCCGAUAACAAUGGAAAAACAGCUCUGCACUGGGCUGCAGCAGUGGAUAACGCUGACGGUGUAAAUGUUCUUUUGGCGCACGGUGCUAAUCGGGACGCUCAGGAUGACAAGGAUGAAACUCCGUUAUUCCUUGCUGCCCGAGAAGGAGCAUUUGAAGCCUGCAAGGCGUUGUUGGAUAACUUUGGUAACCGUGACAUUACAGAUCACAUGGAUAGGUUACCGAGAGACGUGGCCAGCGAACGACAGCAUCAGGAUAUUGUUCGGCUGUUGGAUGAGCACGUGCCACGUAGUCCACAGAUGGUAACCACGAUUCCGAACACGAUCAUGUCUCCGACAACGCACAUGAUCACGCAUCCCACAAUAAUUGCUUCUACGAAACAAAGCAAACAGAAGAAACGGGCGAAGAUGAAUGGAAGUGGUCUCCCGGGAGCACAGAAUCCCAACAGUCCGGAUAACGAUGGAAGUGUAAGGAGGAAAACGAAAAAGCCUAGUGCCACUAAUGGUGGCGCAAAGAAAAAUAACAUCGUUGACGUGCAAAUCCCGGACGAUCAGCUAAGUUCAGUUGAGUCACCACUGGCCAACAUCCCCAGUCCGUACGACACGGUUAGUCUGUAUUCGAAUGCAAUGACGGUACAUCAGCUGGAUCCGAUGACCGGUAACAAAAAGCCACCGAGCUAUGAGGAUUGCAUUAAGAGCGCUCAAUCAAUGCAAUCACUGCACAACAUCAACCUGGACAACUACGGCUACUCGAUAGGAGGUGCUGGGGCUGGAAAUACUCCGUUCCAGGAUCUACUCAUGAACCAACGGGGCAACGUUGCUGCCACGAUGAUUCAUGCGAUGCAUAUGGGUGAGAGUGGUCUCAGUCCACCAUACUCGAAUCAGUCACCACCCCACUCGGUGCAGAGUAACAUGGCGUUGUCCCCUCAGGGGUAUAUUGGGUCUCCCUCACCUGCCAAAACACGACCGAGUCUGCCAACGUCACCGACGCACAUCCAAGCGCUGAGACACGCUCAACAGCAGAAGCACGGUGUGCAAAUGAUCUCCAAUGGAAGCAUGCAGCAACAGCAGCAGCAGCAGCAACAAAAUAGCAGUAGUAUAGGUUGCGGCCAGCAACAGCUUGGCAGUAGUAGCAACAGUAACGGUAGCAGUAACAAUGCAAACAGUGCAAUGCUGGCCAGCCUGCAGAUGAACUUUGUCCAUGGCUCCACGGGUCUGGAACUGGCAGGUUUCUGUAGUCCUACAGGUCAAGGAUCUCAGGCAUCAACAUCGCAGAACACCACUGCCACCACCAUUUCGUCGCCAUCGUCGAACUCGAUGUCCUCGUCGCACCUAUCGCCACUAUCGUCGGCGUCCGCGCACUGCCAACAGUCGACACUGAACAGCCAGCAGUCGUUCUACCAGUAUCUUACCCCGCCCAGUCAGCACAGUGGCGGUGUGACACCUCAGCAUCUGGUCCAGACGUUGGAUAGCUAUCCGACACCGUCGCCGGAAUCGCCCGGUCACUGGUCAAGUUCCUCGCCCCAUUCGACCUCGGACUGGUCGGAAGGGGUGCAGUCGCCUGCGGCGGCUAACAUGAAUGUCUACGUGACGAGUGCCGCACCCGGAGGCCACCAGGCCAACAAGGGUUCGGAAGCGAUCUACAUUUAAACGGCGAAACGAUGAUCGAAACACAAGUGCCUCAUCUCACAGAGUAGAGCCAGAGAAUGUGCGCAUGUAUCUUGUAUGUGUAUAGAAAGCGUCUCUUCCCCUCCACUCCGCGGUUUGUCCAUAUGCUAGUUCAGACCCUGAAACGGUCGGAAUGUGCGGAGCAUGAUAGUGAUAAUUUAUUUUAUAAUUUAUCUAAUUUUAAACUAUUUGUUGUAUGUAACAAAGGCACUACAGCAGAGUUUGUGUGGUAACAACGUAUGUGUGGGCAAAGUUUGUAUGGUUGUUCGAGUGUGUGUUUAUAUGUGGGAAUUUGACGUAUUUGAGAUUAUUUUCAAUUUACGAGGGAACUAUGCGCAUUCCUCAAUAUCGAAACUGAAAAUUCCUUGCUUAAACAAACUACUUUUAAACAGAGUUUUUAAUUAAACAAAAAGACAGAUUUUAGACAAGAAAAAAAGACAUGUACAAUAUACUUAUAAAUAUAUUGCCUUUUUAAAGUUAUUGUAGUACAUAAUGCUCGAUGAGAGCAUUUUUUUAACACAAAACAUGUUAGUCGAUUCGAGAAGCAAUUGUCGCUAUUUGUAAGAUGUCUGUGAAAAAUAUUAUAUCUUCUAAAAGCCGUUACUUUACGUUGUCUUCAAAUCGUUCGACGUUAGAAUUUUUUAUGCAUAUAGCUUAAACCUCCCUGUAUAAAGUUUACGGACGAGAAACUCAAAAACAUGGUCUGAUUAUAGGUUAAUAUUUGUCUUCUCAAACGUGCUACAACUAGCGAGUAAUGUAAUCACACAUGAGCCGGAAGCAAUCCGUUGCCUUUCUCUCCGCCGGAGCGAAAACCCCUUCCGUUGAAAUAUGCCAGCAGCCAACUGAUUGGCGGAGUGUAAUUUUCAACUGUGUAGAUGUUGUACAUAGCCAAAAUAUAAUGAAGUAAAAAGUUUUAUUGAAAUUAUUGUAAUAUUUUAUCAAGAUUUUUUUUUCUAAUAUUAAGAACGCAGCCGCGACAACAAGCGGACUGGGUUUUACAACUAGCUACUAUAGUGUAGAAAAUAAAGGUUCUCUCUUUUGAAAGCAAACAGACAGGAAAUUCUCUCCAAGAAAAAUAAAAUUUAAUAGCUUAAGAUUAUCUAGAGCGCCGGCUGAAAAGAAUCUCAGUAAAAAUAGACACCAGUGACAAUCAAAGUACCACUUGCAAUACUAUGACAAAAACGAAAAGAUCUUCAUUAUUUCUAAAAGCCUUUUCCUCAUAUCAUAUCAUUAUGAAAUAUGCCCAACUUUUCAAUAACUCUCCUUAGGAUCAGCUGUGUUUGGCUGAUUAACUAUACAGAUCAAUUGUAUUUUGUAUUUUCAUUUGCUAGAAAGGUUUUCAAAUUAACUGUUCUAUUCUAUUUUCUUACAAGUUCAAGUGAAAUCAAUGCAUAGACGGAAAAAAACACAGAGGAACAUAAACGAAUACAGAGAUAUAUAGGCGACAUUUGUCUUACUAUUAUUAAAA